AUGAUAGCCCUGUCGCCAUUUUACGUCUUUGAUUUUGAGCAGUUUAACAACAUCACAUUGUCACUGGGAAGACAGGAUCAAUCACUUAAGAACGAAACGUUCACUUUGAAAAACCAGUCUUUUGCGAUGACGAUACUCUCCCCUCCACGCGAAGUAGAUCUUGUACGCGUUUCGGGUGGAAAGGCACACAAUUGGAUGACAAAAGUUGAACACUGGACUAUAUGCGAGAUUAUGAUAUACCGACAAGCAGCCUGCGAUCAAUGGCUCUUUGGUGAGAACUGCUCCUAUGCAUGCCAUUGUAACAACGGUUCAAAUUGUGACCAUGUUUCGGGGUAUUGUCCUGAUGGUCAAUGUGAACCUGGAUGGACGAAAAGUAACUGCAGCGAAGCGUGCGAUCCAGGCAUGUUUGGUAAAAACUGCUUCUCCAGUUGUCAUUGCCUGCUCGGAGCAAGUUGUGACAAAAGUUCUGGUCACUGUCCGGGUAAACUAUGUGCACCUGGGUGGACUGAGAGCAACUGUAGUGUUUCCUGCGAUCAUGGCAUUUUCGGAAACAACUGCUCCUUCCCAUGUCAUUGUCUACAUGGAGAAAGAUGCGACCAUGUUUCUGGCCACUGUCCUUAUGACCAAUGUGCGCCUGGAUGGACUCUUCGUAACUGUAGCGCUGAAUGCGGUCAAGGCAUGUUUGGUUUAAACUGCUCCUCCAAGUGUAAUUGUCUACCCGGAGUAAGCUGUGACCACAUUUCUGGCCACUGUUCAGAUGAUCAAUGUGCCCCUGGGUGGAGUAAUAGUAACUGUAGCGUUGCAUGCAAUCAAGGGUUAUUUGGUUUGAACUGCUCCUCAUUGUGUCAUUGCCUACACGGUGCCAACUGUAACCAUGUCUCCGGUAACUGCUCCGAUGAACAAUGUGAGCCUGGCUGGACUAACAGUAACUGUAGCGUUGCCUGCAACCCUGGCACUUUUGGUGUUAACUGCUCCUAUAUAUGUCAUUGUUACAACAAUGAAACAUGCCAUCAUAUUGAUGGUACCUGUCCCGUUAACCAAUGUGCAGAUGGAUGGACGCAUGACAACUGCAGCGUAGCAUGCGAUCAAGGGUUAUUUGGUUUGAACUGCUCCUCAGAGUGUCAUUGCCUACACGGUGCCAACUGUAACCAUGUCUCUGGUAACUGCUCCGAUGAGCUGUGUGAGCCUGGGUGGACUGAUAGUAACUGCAGCGUUGCCUGUACACCCGGCUUCUACGGACAAAGCUGCUCUAUGGACUGUCACUGCGACAAGUGUCAUCACGUCAAUGGAUCGUGCGUAGGGUCUCUUCAAUGCCACGAUGGAUUCAGGAUGGACAAUGGUUUCUGUACACGUCGAAACAUGCCCCAAAUUAAAUGUUACAACUAUAUAACGACCUUCGGCGUCGAGGAAUAA